AAGCGCAAAGUCUUCGUCAACGCGCCACCAAUCAACGGCUCCUUUGUCCUCCUCUGCCAAAGUUCAUCUCUCUCCUCUCUCCCAGCUUCUUUCUUUCUUCUUCCUUCUCCAUCGUCGUCGCGCUUCAAGCUGCCGGAGAUGAAUCUUUUGGGCAAGGACAUCAGAUUCCUGAACGGCCUUUGCUGGGAGCCGUCCGUCUUCGGCGACUCCGACUCCCUUGGCCCUCACGGCGUCUCUGCCACGACCGUCGGCGUCUCGGUUCUUGCCCAAGACCUGCUCAACUUCGAAAUCACCUCCAAGGUUCCUGAAGGGCUAACCAACCAUGUGGUUUCUUCCAGCAAAGCUCAAACUCGUUGGUAUAGAAAGCUAGUAGUGGCAUGGAAAGAAUCAAAUCCACCUCCAAAAACACCUGAAGAAGCAUCAAGGCUUGUUCUCCAGACCCUGAAGAAACACCAGAAGGCUGAUGUUGAGGGUUUAUUGGCAUUCUAUGGUCUACCUCUUCCGCACACCCUGGUUGAGACGGCAGGUGAAGUUCCAGUGGCAUUGCCUCAAGGAGUGAAGUUUGAGUUUCACACACUUCCAGUGGAUGCAAGAGCUGUGACAGAUGGGGACGGCAUCACCGUGUACGUUAGGACUUCUGAUCCGAGAGAAUUGUGCUUGGUCCCACAAGAAGUCCAAAUCGCAGCCGUCGAAAGAUCAGAAGCCCAUGCUCGGAGGGACUUCACUCGUGCAGAUGCACUGCACGAAAGUAUUAUUGAAGCUGGAUAUCGGGUAAUAAAUGUUCAGAAUGAGGAAGUCCUUGCUCGGAAGUACCAAAUUCGGCUCAGGGGGAUAGAUGCUCCAGAGGGUGAGAUGCCAUACGGCAAAGAGGCUAAGGACGAGCUUGCAAAGAUUGUUGAAGGAAAGUGUUUGAGAGUUCUUGUGUAUGGAGAAGAUCGAUACAACCGGAGUGUAGUAGAUAUAUACUGCAACGGCAUCUUUGUACAGGAGUUGAUGCUCAAGAAAGGGAUGGCGUGGCAUUACACAGCCUACGACAAACGUGCAGAGCUUGCAAAGUGGGAGAAGAAUGCACGGGCAAAGCGCGUAGGUUUGUGGGCUUCACCAAACCCUGAGGAGCCAUGGGAAUGGAGGAAGAAUAAACGAGAGGGGAAUGGAUUAUUAAGUCUAAGCGCCCUCCCAAGGUCUACCAAUUCGCGAAUAUGUCAUAUAAGCCAACUUAGCGGAAUAUAUAAUGUAAGCCAACUUAGCUCUACCAAUUCACGAAUAUGUCAUAUAAGCCAACUUAGGGGAAUAUAUAAUGUAAGCCAACUUAGCUCUACCAAUUCUCGAAUAUAUAAUGUAAGCCAACUUAGCUCUACCAAUUAGCUCUACCAAUUCACGAAUGUAUAAUCUAAGCCAAAUUAGCUCUACCAAUUCGCGAUUAUUAAGUCUAAGCUAAAUUCAAGCCCUUCCAAGCUUUACCAAUUCGCGUUGUAGAGUUUAAGUUCUCAACAUCCAAAUGUUUUCAUGCUGGAGUCGCCACUAAUCUAUUUGCGGUGGGUCGAUUAUAAACCCAAAUAAAACAUAGGGAGAUAUGUUUUAUAGAUUUUGAGUUCGGGGACUUGGUCACGCCAUAUUUAAUCUAACGCCCUUUCGGUACCUUUUCUUUUAAAAAAAAAAGUUUAAGCAAGCCCAUUUUAUUACCUAGUCGUUAACAUGUGAGAUGACCAUGUAGGUGCGCAAUUCACCAAUUUAACACCUAGAAAGCAGUAAAUAAAUUACUAGUUUAGGGGAACAAUCACUUCACUCGAUAUAUUUUUUGUUUGGUUUUCUCUUGAUUAAAUGAAAACUAACCUACGUACCAUGACGUGCAAAGUAUGACAUGCAAUUAAUUAAACCUAGCAUGAAAACUAUAUGACAUGCGAUUAAAUGAAUCUAAUUCUAAUGAUGGGCAAAUGAGGUAUUUUUGGUGUUUUUUCAAUAAAAUUUGGAAUUAAAAUUUAUCUAAAUUAAACAUGCGAUCUACUCUAGAAAGACAGUUUAACUUAUUCAAAAGUGACUUCUUUUUGGUAUUUUUUUAAUGAAAAUUCGAAAUUAGAAAUUACCUUAAAUUAACUAUCAAGAUUAAGAUAAUAUCUAAAUUAAACUAGAAAAUAAAUUACUUUAAAUCCUAAUUUACAUUGGAAAAUUAUCCUAUCUUUCUAGCAAAUCUAGGCUAUCCUAUUCUAUUCAAAGCAAGUUACAUAAACACAUCCUACGCAUGCAUAAUAAUAAUAAAAAAUGAAUCAAAUCCUAACUAAUCUUUUUGGGAUUUUCUUUUAAAGGAAAUAAAAUCAAACAAAUAGAUAACCACCAUGAUCGAAAUUAAUCCACGCGAUCCGCAAUAUUUGUUUUAUCAUCUUCAAAUUAGGAAAACGACUAUGGCUAGUGAUCAUAUCCACAGGAUCGUGGAUAUUGAUCGAAAGCCGACCAUUUGAAUUUGGAAAGGGAAUAAAAUCCGUUAUCGUAUCCGAGUGAUUAUGGAUAAGAUAACGAUUUCCGCACCACCUUGUAUCAUACCUUACCUUAGGGUCAAUAUCAGAUAAUCAUCCAGGUAAGUUGCCAAAUUAGGAAAAAAUUCCUAAUUUAGGGUAUUUUAAAUAUUGCGGAUACUGCAUACAUUAUCCCAAAGAUUUCUAACAAUCCACCAAAGAUAUCACGAAAUAUUCAAACACCGAAAAAUUAGAAAAUCAAAUAUUUUAAGAGUAUUGGAUGAGAAUUUUACUUAAUUUCGCGGACAACUUCCAAAUUUGAACUCAACUCGGGAUUGGGUUUGCGGAUCAUGGCGACGGUGGCCGACCGAAUGGGACUCGGCUCGGUACCGGCGGUGGUGAAGAUUGGGAUAUGCCCGGGAAGAUGUGUGGCGUGAAUGGAUUGAAUCUCUCCACUGACGCUUUUCAACGUGUGCCUCCAAAAGUCCUCUUCACGGCCAAGUGUCUCCUUGUCUGUGUUUUGUGCGUCCCACUUGGCCAAUGGACUUCUGUGCAAGUGCUUUGAUGGCCAAGAGCUCUCUGAUUUUUUCCGUGAGGACUCCUACUUCGUGUAAUGCUGUCUUAGAGAAAUCAACACCACUUCUCUAUCUCUUUCAA